AAACCCUCAGUGCUUCUCAGCAGGGAGAGAGGGAGAGAGAAAUAACUCUCGAGUUCACAGUGAGUCAAAGAAAAGCUGCUGCUGGACAGACUCAGGCAAUAAGGAGACGUGUUUAUAUCCACAGACUGCUCUAGCAUCUCUGAGAAGAUUGUGCAAAAGGAAUAGAAACCUCUCGCCACAUCCCAGCCAUCAAUCAUGAAUGAAAACCACUUGGCUAUCGACAUUCUGCUCUUGUGUAUAUCCUGUGGAACAAGUGCACUGGCAGCCUUCAAUCCCACUGCCUCUUCAUCUCUUCCAGCAACCAAUUUCACUGAUAUUGGCUCUGCGCCUCCAAAAUAUCUCACUGAAGCCGCAAACCUUCCCAAAACCAGACGGAAACGUUAUAUUUCCCAGAACGAUAUGCUUGCGAUACUUGAUUACCAUAAUAAAGUAAGAGGGAAAGUUUUCCCUCCAGCCUCAAACAUGGAAUAUAUGGUCUGGGAUGACACUCUUGCAAAGACGGCUGAACAGUGGGCAUCCACGUGUAUUUGGGAGCACGGUCCUCGCAAUCUUCUUCGAUUUCUGGGUCAGAACCUUUCAGUCCGAACUGGAAGAUACAGGUCCAUUUUGCAGCUUGUAAAGCCCUGGUAUGAUGAAGUGAAGGACUAUUCUUUUCCCUAUCCUCGAGACUGCAAUCCCAGAUGUCCCCUUAAGUGCUACGGGCCUAUGUGCACUCAUUAUACACAAAUGGUGUGGGCAACCUCAAAUAAAGUAGGAUGUGCCAUCAACACAUGCCAUAAUAUGAAUGUUUGGGGCUCAGUAUGGAAGAGGGCAACAUACUUGGUGUGCAACUAUUCUCCAAAGGGGAACUGGAUAGGUGAGGCCCCGUAUAAAGUAGGUGUUCCUUGCUCCACAUGCCCUCCGAGCUAUGGAGGUUCAUGCAGUAACAACAUGUGCUUUCCUGCUGUGAACUCAAAUUACCUGCACUGGUUUAAAUAAACACAGACAGAAUGCACAUGCCCCAUCACAGAGACACUGUCCCUCAUGGGAAUUUGCACAACAUUCCUGUAUCACCCUGUUUUUUUUUUUUUUUCUUUUCUUUUUUUCUUUAAUAUAUGGGCCAUAUAGGACCAUGGGUUGCAAGGCAGCAUUAUUUUUAAAGAUAUGUAAAUAACUUAUUUUUCAAUGUUUAUACCAUGUAUUAUAUUGUUUUGAGUAUAAACCCAGUGGUUUAUUUCCUGAGAGGGACUCUACUGUGAUCUGUCAAGACAUGAUUGGUGCUUACAGUAUUCAACUGUAAAGGCCCAUUCACACCAAGGAUGAUAACUAUAAAGAUAACGAUAACGAUAUAGUUCUAAAAAUCAUUAAAGAAUAGAAGAGUCCAUACCACAGCUAUAAUUCUUGGAAUAACUUUUUUCAAUUUUUUUUUACAAACACUGACACCCAGUCAGAAUCCAUCUUGCUAUAAUGAGCUGGAGAAUUUAAAGCGGCAGAGGUGCGUGCACUUAAUUUUUGUAAUCUUUAUAGUUUUCGUUCUUGGUGUGAACUGGUCUUAACUGUACUCUGAGAACACAAGGUGCAAUUGCCAAAACUCCCAUCAGGCUUUGUUGGCAAGUCUAAUGUUGCAAAUUGUCUGUAGUGCCAGACUAGUCUCAAUAGUUUAAAAGGCUAGUUCACCCAAAAUGAAAAUUCUGUGAUUUACUCAUUCUGAACUCGUAUGACUUUCUUUCGUCUGUUGAAGAAAAACUAAGAUAUUUUGUAGAACUAGAUGAGUUUCAGCUGUUUUUGUGUACAUUACUUUCAAACCUCAUUUAUGUCCUUUCUGGAGUUUGAAAGUUUUGGAACCAGUUGUCUUUAAUUGUACACUCAGAAACUGCUGAAACAUUCUUGUAUAUAUUUUCUUUUGUGUCCCACAGAAAAAAAGUCUCAUUUACUCCUCUUUAUGUCAUUCCAAACUUGAUGCAUGAAACAUUUACUCAUCUUCAUGUCGUUUCAAAUGACCUCUAUGACAAUAGAAGUCAAUAUGAAGUAUAACUAUUUGGUAACCAGCACUCUUCAAAGUGUGUUCUUUUAUGUUCAUGCAAGUUUGGAACAACAUUCAACAUAUCUCGUAAAUAAUGACAGAAUUUAAAUUUUUCAGUGAACUAUCCAUUUAAAUCAAUGCAAUCUAUUCACUUUAGUUUGUGCAGCUUGUUUUGUGUGAUGUCAUAUCUAUUAACCCUGGAGGUUGGCUUUUGGUGCUUCAGUUCAAAUGUUAAGCUAGCUCUUCUUGAAGUGAUCUGGAAACAACAGUACUUCGCUGGCUUGAAUACACUCCCUUGCAUUCUUAGUAAAGCUUUGCUUUGGGUCUUCCUUUUUGGAAGGUUUCCACAUGCUUAAAGCCUACUUCUUUGGGCUUAGAAAUCAUGGAAUGAAAAAAACUCUGAAUUUGCAACCCCAGAAAGAGCAUUUAGUGAGAUGGCUAAUCAUGCUGCACCCUCAUUAAAUGUUGAGGCGGAUUAGCAUGGAAAUAUAUUUGAUGUGUAAAUGCACCUUAAAAUUUUUUUUUUUAUUUUUUUAUUUUUUUUAUUUAGAAAGCUGUCAUUUACGGUGAUUUUUUACAUUUUAUAUUAAAAAAAUUAUCAUUUGUACAUACAUUUUAUUAUGAUUUCAGCAGUAUAUUCUCUACAGUGCAUGCAUAACAGUGGCACACAAUUGCAUUGUAUUGCAUUGUGUAGAUUUCACUCUUUGAACUGCAUCACACAAGCACUUAGGAAAUCUACCAGGCAGUACUCUGCUGUAAUCGGAACAUGGAGGAGGGGGUAUAAAGAGCUAUUUAUCCCUUUCCCUCCAUAGAUUCAGCUUGGUCAACAUGACUUCAUUUGAUUUUGACUUCAACAUGAUUUUCAUCUGUUAAAUUCUGUUCUGUAAAAUAUUAUUUGUCAUAGACUGCAUUUCUCACUGUGUUAAUAUGUCUUUGCAGACCUCAAAUCUUUUUUUUUUUUUUAAAUGUGCUAAACAAGUUAUGGUGCUAGUUUUAAUGAGCAUAAUGUUAAAUGUAUUUCCACCUAUUGUUAACACAUCAUAUACAGUACAAAAUGCCACCUGUAUUUCAGUAACACUCUAUUUAUCAUUUGAAAUAAGCUGUACAUAGCCCUUUUAUACAAAUCUAUCUAUCUAUCUAUCUAGAAAAUUUGUUAUUUAAACUUGUCAUUUUGUUCCUCAUUGCAGACUACACUGUUCAAAAGUUUGGGGUCAGAGAUAUUUUAAGAAAUUAAUACUUUUAUUCAGCAAAUUGAUCAAAAGUGACAGAUUUCAAUUUAAAAUAAAUGAUGUUCAUUUGAACUUUCUAUUCAUAAAAUAAUCAUAACUCCUGACAAAAAAUAAUAAGCAGUUUUUUUUUUUUUAUAAACUUAUAAUAACAAGAAAUGUUUCUUAGGCACCAACUCAGUAUAAUAUAAUGGUUUCUGAAGGAUCAUGUGACAUGAUAAUGGCUGGGGUAAGACUAGGGUAAUGGCUGCUGAAUAAAUUCUAUUUUAAAAUAUAUGUAGAAAAGUUUUUUUUUUUCUUUAGACAGAAUUAUUAUUUAACACUACUCUCUUUUUUAUUAUUAAUAAAAAAAUAAAAAACAAAUCAAAUAAAUGUGACCUUUGUUAGCAACUUUGAUUUUUCAAAGAUUUUAAUGACCCCAAACUUUUGAUAUCUUUCAAAUAACAGCCAUCAGCAACAAAUAUUUUUGGUGAGAGUUUUGGAUCAAGACUAGUUGUUGAAAGAGAAAUCAUCAGUGCAGGUCGAAACUAUUUUGGCCUUCGGCCUGCAAACAAAAACAAAUGCAAUGAGAAACCUAGUUAUUAUUUGAAGUAUAUGUGUUUUAUAGACGUUUAAACAAUACCACCACCCUUGCUGAUUAUUUAAAUGAAUGUUGUAUUUAUACUUUUUAAUCAGGCUGCUUGAUGACAUAUUUUGUAUUGUUGAAUAAAGCUGAAAACCAUUUUGCUUCACAGUUA